AUGUAUCUUCUCUUUCUCUUCCUGCUUUUUUCCGCCGUUUUCUCCCUCAACGAUGAAGGCUUUAUUCUUCAGCAGGUCAAGCUCUCUUUUGACGACCCAGACUCUUCUCUCUCCUCCUGGAACUCCCGGGAUGAUUCACCUUGUCGGUGGUCCGGCGUCUCCUGCGCCGGAGAUUUCUCGUCUGUCACUUCCGUCGACCUCACGGGCGCCAAUCUCGCCGGACCUUUCCCUUCCCUCAUUUGCCGUCUCUCUAAUCUGUCGUAUCUCUCCUUGUCCAAUAACUCCAUCAAUUCCACGCUUCCGCUCGGCAUCGGAGCUUGUAAGUCUCUCCAGAAUCUCGAUCUCUCCCAGAAUCUCCUCACCGGCGAGAUUCCGCACACUCUUGCGGAUCUCCCCAUCUUGACGUCCCUCGAUUUGACCGGAAACAACUUUUCCGGCAACAUUCCGGCGAGUUUCGGCCGGUUUGAGAAACUCGAGGUUCUCUCUCUCAUCUACAAUCUCCUAGACGGGCCGUUUCCGCCGUUUCUAGGAAACAUCAGCUCGCUGAAGAUGUUGAACCUGUCUUACAACCCGUUCAGUCCGAGUCGGAUCCCGCCGGAGCUCGGAAACCUGACGAAUCUCGAGGUUAUGUGGCUCACCGAGUGUAAUCUAGUCGGGGAGAUCCCUGACUCGCUGGGUCGACUCACCCGACUCGUUGAUUUAGACCUUGCGCUCAACGACCUGGUGGGACCUAUCCCGCGUUCGCUCGGCGGCUUGACCAGCGUCGUCCAGAUUGAGCUUUACAACAACUCGUUGACCGGAGAAAUCCCGCCGGAGCUCGGGAAUUUGAAAUCCCUGAGACUUUUAGACGCGUCGAUGAAUCAGUUAACCGGUUCGAUACCGGACGAGCUUUGCCGUGUCCCGUUGGAGAGUUUGAAUCUCUAUGAGAACAAUCUCGAAGGUGAGAUUCCUCCGAGCAUAGCUUUAUCUCCCAACUUGUACGAGCUCAGGAUCUUCGGAAACCGAUUUACCGGCGAGUUACCAAGAGACCUCGGCCGAAACUCUCCGCUGAAAUGGCUCGACGUUUCCGAAAACGACUUCUCAGGCGAGCUGCCGGCGGAUCUGUGCGAGAAAGGAGAGCUAGAGGAGCUGCUGAUCAUCCACAACUCCUUCUCCGGCGUCAUACCGGAGAGUCUAGGCGAUUGCCGGAGCUUGACACGUAUCCGGUUAGCCUACAACCGGUUCUCCGGUCAAGUUCCUGCCGGUUUCUGGGGAUUGCCACACGUCUACCUGCUUGAGCUCAUCAACAACUCCUUCUCCGGUGAAAUUUCAAAGACCAUCGGAGGCGCAUCGAAUCUCUCGAUCUUGAUUCUCACGAACAACGAAUUCACCGGAUAUUUGCCGGAGGAAAUCGGCUCUCUGAACAAUCUGAAUCAGUUGUCGGCGAGCGGAAACAAGCUCAGUGGCUCGUUGCCUGAUAGCUUGACGAAUCUCGGAGAAUUAGGCACCCUUGAUCUUCACGGAAACCGGUUUUCAGGCGAGCUAUCUCCAAAAAUCAAAUCUUGGAAGAAGCUAAACGAGUUAAACCUAGCCGAUAACCAAUUUUCCGGUAGAAUCCCAGAGGAAAUCGGGAGUUUAUCCGUCUUGAACUAUCUCGAUCUCUCUGGAAACCUCUUCUCCGGCAAAAUCCCGGUUUCAUUGCAGAGUCUGAAGCUAAACCAGCUGAAUCUGUCCAAUAACCGGUUAACCGGUGACCUACCGCCGUCUUUAGCCAAAGUAAUGUACAAGAACAGCUUCCUCGGUAACCCAGGAUUGUGCGGUGAUAUCAAAGGACUAUGUGGCUCUGAGAACGAAGCUAAGAACAAAGGCUAUGUAUGGCUUCUCAGGUCGAUUUUCGUACUUGCGGCUAUGGUGUUUGUUGCCGGACUCGCUUGGUUCUUCUUCAAGUACAGGACUUUCAAGAAAGCAAGAGCCAUGGAGAGAUCAAAGUGGACUCUAAUGUCCUUCCACAAGCUCGGUUUCAGCGAGCACGAGAUUCUCGAAAGCUUGGACGAAGACAACGUCAUCGGAGCUGGAGCUUCGGGUAAGGUCUACAAGGUCUCACUCACCAACGGAGAAACCGUGGCGGUGAAGCGUCUAUGGACAGGAUCUGUGAAAGAAGCAGGAGACUCCGAUCCAGAGAAAGGCGAGAGACCUCGAGCAGUACAAGACGAGGCCUUUGAAGCUGAAGUCGAGACGUUGGGAAAGAUCAGGCACAAGAACAUUGUGAAGCUGUGGUGUUGCUGCACAACGAGAGACUGCAAGCUGCUUGUUUACGAGUACAUGCCUAAUGGAAGCUUGGGCGAUUUGCUUCACAGCAGUAAAGGAGGGAUGUUGGGAUGGCAAACGAGGUUCAAGAUUAUCUUGGAUGCAGCGGAAGGGCUUUCGUAUCUUCACCAUGAUUGUGUUCCUCCGAUUGUGCAUAGAGAUGUUAAGUCCAACAACAUUUUGAUCGAUGGAGAUUACGGUGCGAGAGUUGCUGAUUUCGGAGUGGCUAAAGUCGUUGACUUGACCGGAAAGGCUCCUAAGUCCAUGUCUGUGAUCGCUGGCUCAUGCGGUUACAUCGCACCAGAGUACGCAUACACGCUUCGUGUGAAUGAGAAGAGUGAUAUCUACAGUUUCGGGGUAGUGAUACUUGAGAUAGUGACUAGGAAGCGACCAAAUGCUGCGGAGUUGGGAGACAAGGAUUUGGUGAAAUGGGUUUGCUCGACGUUGGAUCAGAAAGGCGUAGAGCAUGUGAUAGACCCGAAGCUGGAGUCUUGUUACAAAGAAGAGAUAAGCAAGAUGCUCAACGUUGGGCUUCUCUGCACGAGUCCUUUGCCUAUUAACCGUCCUUCCAUGAGACGCGUGGUGAAGAUGUUGCAAGAAAUCGGCGGUGGAGAUGAUGAGAGCCAAUGCAAGACAAGAGCCGAUGACAAGGAUGGUAAGUUAACACCUUACUACAACGAAGAAACCUCAGAUCAGGGAAGUGUAGCUUGA